AUAAAGAAAACGAGAGACGACCGAGCUUGGCUUUUGUUUUGUUCAGAAGAAAUUUGAUAUGCUCAUAAAAUUAACGAAAUAAUAUCUUAAAAAUGAAAGAAUUUAGAGAAACAAUUAAUUUUAUUAAACGUCAGUUUGAUAGUGAUUCAAGUUGUGAAGCCGGUUUCUAUUUAUUGAAAACAAUAAACGAAAAUGGGGAUAAAUUCAUUGAAGAACUACUUGAUUGUGAUGUUAUGAUAAAUAUCUUGGAAACCUUAAAUUCUUCAAAUCAAAAGAUUGACUUCAGGAAGAAAGUAUGUAGGUUGAUAUCCAAAAUAAUAGUGUCACUGAAUGACUACUUUCAGUUUCCUUUAAGUGACUGGAAGGGAGGUUCAGUUGCAUUUCAGAACUUUCUCUCAACUGGCUUGGAACAUUUACCAUAUGAUUCGUCAAAGUGGGAGGAAAAUUUGAAAAUUUCAAACGAAAGAUCCAAUUCUUUACUAGUUUUGCUUUAUUGUCACUUUAUAGCUACAGAAGAAAUAUAUGUUUUUACAAAAACUACAAUAGCUGUAAAUAUAAUUAACCUUGAUGUGAGCAAUGCAAAACCAAUUUUUCUUAAAGUUCUGUGGCUUCUAUACGCGGUUUCUCCAAUUAUUGGUCAAGUUUCGGACUAUUUUCAAUCUGAUAACAAGUUAACAGCUACUUUUCAAAGAUUCGGAAGCGUAGAUAUUUAUUACACACACCAUAAAAGUUUCCUUCUUUUCAUAAUGAACAAUAUUUCAAUUCCCGAUAAAAUGCGAGUGCAAAUCAUUCGCUUGUGGAUUGAUCAAAGUAAAAGUGAUGAAGAGUUUGCUCUACUCAUAGAACAAUGCAUCCAUCAAGGUUAUAAUGACUUAAAAAUUGUGAAAAUUUUAAUGGAUUUGAUUCAUGAAAAUGUUAUGGAAAAUAUUCAUCAUGGUGGAAAAGUGUUUGCAGCCUUAUUGGAAUCUGGUAGAAAAAUGUCGAUUGAAGUUAUUGAAUUUGUUUUAAAAACUUUGACAGUUGAUCUUACAAGUCACACCUUUAACAAUAGUAAAAUUUUAGAAGUUGUCCUCAAGAUAGCCGGAAAUGUACCACUAGUUUUACCUCUCUCAUUUAAUGUUGUAAAUAAUUGUGCAAAAGGUUUGGUAAACGUAAUAAUAAAAGGAGAUAUAGACUUAACUUUAAAAGCACUACUUCUUCCAAUGAGUGUCCUUAUAAUUCAACAGUCUCUAGAUGCAAAAAAUUUUAAAGCUGCGCAGACUUUUAUGAAGAACAAUGAAUUUCUAAUAGCAAUUUUUAACGAUUGCUUUAAUUCGGAAAAUAGUACAUUAAUCGAGGUCAAAUUUUCCAUAUUAGCAGGCUUACUUUCACUUCAAGAAAAAUUAAGAAUUAAGGGUGAAACAAUAGCGCAAGUAAAGUUGAAGGACUUUAAAAACGUAUGUGAUAAGAUAAAGAUACAAAACCAGUCUUAUGUUUGUUUUGUAACUUUCAUAACGCAAUUAUUGUUGAACAAUCAAUUUGCAUCACCACUGAUUGAACUGCAAAGAAAAACUGAAGCUUUGCAUUCGCAAAAUAUUCUCUACAUUUAUUACACGAUUCACAUUAUUUCUAGUGAGACUGAUAUUCAAGACCAGAACGAAAUCUACGAAUGCCUCUCAAUGGUUCUUUAUUAUUGUAUUUCUCAAAAAUUAAAUGUUUGUCCAUUUCUCCAGUGUCCUGCAACAUUUGUUAUUUUCAAAAAUGCGAUCGACAAUAUUUCUAAUUUAGUAGAGCCAAAUUACAGUUUUCAAGAUUUUGCCAUGACAUGGCUCAGACAUGUACAAUGGGCAAUAAUUAAUGAAGAAUUAAAGUUAAAUACAGACGCUAAACAGUCAGUAGUUCUUCUUACUGAACUGAGAUUCAUGUUGUUAAAUAUGAAUAAGAAAGAUUACUUAAUAGAAGAUUUCUGUUCAGUUGUGGACAAUCAUUUAUCCAUACUUGAUAAUUAAUUCAAAGUAUAAUAUUUAAAUCUUUUAAAUAAAAGUCAAUAUAUUGGGGUAAUUUGUAAAUUAUAGUAAAAAUAUUAUGUAAUAUAAUUAUAAAAAUGAUUAUUAUUGAACAUCGCAUUCAAUAUUUUGAUAUGUACACUGAGAGAAGUCCAGGGCGUAAUAGUUUCCGCUAGACGUCGCUAUAAGCUACUGUUCUUGUUGCGUUUGAGAUGUUUCGAAUCUAGGGCUCAGACGCCCCGAGUCUGUCAAACAUUGUUCCCGCAUGUGAGAGAACAACUCGUGACCGAAACUAAAAGUUGUAAGUAAUCCCGCUUCGGGACGUUCCACGUUUCGCAUCGGGGCUUGAGACGUCCCGAUCGAAAGUUCACAUAAGAUCAUUCAAAAUUAUCACUCAAGCCUCGCACGGGACGUAUUAGUUCCCGGACUUCUCUCAGUGUAGGUAUUU